CCACACGUCUGAAGGACACAAUCAAACGUAUCCUGAAGGCGACUUUGAUGGAGGAAGGGGUUUUGGCUUCUGAUGAAGACACGCCUUCUCGCACGCACUUAAUCGAACAUGAUGUUGACGUUGGGGAUGCUCAGCCCAUAAAACAGCGCUUUUACCGGCUCUCGUCUGACAGAAAAGAGGUACUAGAUUCUGAGGUACACUAUAUGCUGGAAAAUGGCAUUGCGGAGCCAUCUUUCUCUGCUUGGUCUUCGCCAUGUCUGUUGGUUAAAAAACCAGAUUCCACUUUUAGGCCUUGCACUGACUUCCGUAAAGUUAAUGCUAUUACCAAGCCUGAUGUGUAUCCCCUUCCAAGAUUCUGGCGCAAUAAAUAACUUCAUCAGGGAGUCGGUCUUGCAGUUUGCUCCACACUCGGACACAGGGAGUUGUGUUCCGGUCAGAGGAAUUGGAUUGAACACUAUUUUUGUACCGGUUCAUACAGUGAAGUUAUCCUGUAAUUUCGGACAGGGGGAAGUGGAGGUUUGUGUGCGUCCAGAAUUACCAGUGGCUGGUGUUGACAUUAUUUUGGGUAAUGAGUUUGCAGGAGCAUGUAUGUGGCCUGAGGCAUCAACUUCUGAUGUGACCUCACAGGGGGUUUACAGUUCAGCGCCGGUUAGGGCUCAGGGUUCUGAGGUCUCUGAGCAGUCGGUAUCUCCUGUGUGUGCGGUAACUCGGUCCAUGAGUGUUAUGCCCAAUGUUAAUAGGUCAAAGGCUGAGUCAGGUAAGGGGAAUGAUGACAAAUUUGCAUUUCUGUGGCCAACUGAUCUUGUGUCUGUUUCUCAGGCGGAAUUCGUGAGGGACCAGAAAGAGGAUCUCUCGUUAAAAGAACUGUUUGAGCAGGCCGGGCACGGUAUUAAUGGGGGAAACAACUCGGGAGGGUAUUUUCUCCAUCAUGAUCUGCUGAUGAGGAGGUGGGUCCCUCAUGGUGACGAUGUGGCUGGGGGUUCAGUGGAGCAGUUUGUACUUCCAGUGAAGUAUAGACAAUCUGUGAUCAAGUUGGCUCAUGAUAAUGUGGCUGGACAUAUGGGAGUGAGGAAGACUUAUGAUCGUGUCCUGCGACAUUUUUUUUGGCCUCGUCUGAAACGGGAGAUAGCAUCUUACAUUCGGACCUGUCAUACGUGUCAGUUGACAGGCAAACCAAAUCAGUGCAUUACACCCGCUCCCCUAUAUCCUAUACCUGUGAUAAGUCAGCCCUUUGAACAUUUGAUUAUUGAUUGUGUUGGCCCUCUACCUCGGUCAAGAUCAGGUAGUCAGUAUUUGCUGACUGUGAUGUGUCAGGCAACCAGGUAUCCGGCUGUUUACCCACUGCAUACUAUUUCUGCCAAGUCAGUGGUUAGAGCCCUUAGUAAGUUCAUUUCGGUGUUUGGGAUCCCCAAGGUAAUCCAGAGCGAUCAGGGCUCGAAUUUUACGUCUCGGUUGUUUGCCCAGGUCCUCCAGCAACUUCAUAUCAAACAUAACAAGUCGUCCGUAUACCAUCCUCAAAGUCAGGGUGCACUGGAGAGAUUUCAUCAGCAUUUAAAAUCAUUGCUCCGCGCUUACUGCACUGAGUUGAAGGUAGACUGGGAAGAGGGGUUGCCUUGAGUGUCAGGUGGCGUUUGAGAAAGUGAAGCGGCAACUGUGUUCAGCUCCUGUCCUGGCUGCUCCUCAGCUGGGGAAACCUUUCCAGUUGCAGACCGAUGCCAGCAACGUUGGGGCUGGGGCGGUUUUGUUGCAGUCAGAUGGUAAUGGUUUUGAAAGACCUGUAUGCUACUUUUCUAAAAAGUUUAAACAGUAUCAGCUGCAUUAUUCGGUGAUAGAAAAGGAAGCGCUGGCAUUGAUUUGGGCUCUCCAACAUUUUGAUGUGUACAUUGGAGCCGGUGCGCCGCUGGUGGUGUACACUGACCACAAUCCGUUGACCUUCUUGAAGUCUCUCCAGAAUCCUAACCAGCGGUUGAUGAGAUGGGCUUUGUUUCUGCAGCCUUAUCACCUGGAUAUCAGACAUAUCAGAGGCCAGAGUAAUGUAGCGGCGGACGCUCUUUCCCGUGCACCAUUGCCGUAACUACACCCGUCUGUUUAACCUGUGUUCCUGUUUUGUAGGUUCCUAGGUCGUUUUUAUGGAGGGGGGUGUGACAGCUCCUGGCACCUCCUGAUUGGCAGGUUGCCAGGAGCUGAUUGCUGAUCGUCGACACCCAUGCUGGCUGCCCUCCUGCAGCUAUAAAAGCUGCAGGAGUCAGCCACUUGGGUCUCUCUCUCUUGACGAAUGGUUUGUUUUGGUUUUGGUAUUGGUUUGGGUUAGUUAGGUUGAGUUAUUGCUGCUUUACACACAACAUACACUCAUUCACUCACACAGACACUGCACCCGUUACUGACUACUGACAUUCACGCAUCAUUUAUUAGGUUAAUCUUGAAUUGGUUUAAAUAAAUUAUAAUUUGGUAAAACUACCGGUCCUGCGUGGUCUCCUCCUUUGUCCUUCCCUUGAGCCGG